UUUAUAGGGCCCUGACCGGGGGGGUGCGCGAGUCUUGCCGGGGGCGGGACUUCCGGCACGCGACCAUUGAGAUUCCCGCCGGCCCGAGCGUGUGCUGACUUGACUCUGACGCACACAGCCCAGCCAAGAUGAAGGUGAAGAUAAAGAGCUGGAAUGGUGUAGCCUCUUGGCUCUGGGUGGCCAAUGAUGAGAACUGUGGCAUCUGCCGGAUGGCCUUUAAUGGCUGCUGCCCAGACUGUAAGGUGCCUGGAGAUGACUGCCCCCUGGUGUGGGGCCAAUGCUCCCACUGUUUCCACAUGCAUUGCAUUCUCAAGUGGCUAAAUUCACAGCAAGUCCAGCAGCACUGUCCUAUGUGCCGGCAAGAGUGGAAAUUCAAGGAGUGACAGAGCCCCCCGCAGCCAGCAGAUCUACUUGGAUUUAAUGGACUGUUGUUAAAGUGUUUUGUUGGGAUUCAGCCCCUCUGUCCACACCCUGGAACAGCGAAUUAUUUGUACAGCAUCAUAUAUAUACCUGGCCCUUAUAGAGAACUUUAGCAGAUAAUUCUUGCCCCCAAAUAAUUGACUUGUCAUAGGCAAAAAGGAAGCCUGGGGCAGAUGGAGCAGUGGAGACAUGACUGGUGGUGCCUGUUAACCAUCUGUAUGAUGCAUGUUAACCUUUCCCACCAUGAUUCUGUUCCACAUGCUGUCAAAGUUUUCAGCAUUAUUAAUUGAUUCAUACUGGGCACAGUCAGUAUUUCAACUUUCUCUGUGCCCUUAAGUUCUACACAGCACGUGUGGGCCUCAGUAAAAAGCCAGGGGUUGGCCUGGGUACAUCUCAUGUUGUCUCUUUUAUGAUAAUGGCUUCUUUUGCCAUGCAGACAUGGGUCUGUGGGUUGGGUGCCUUCUUUAAAACACCCUGGACCUGAUUUUUUAAAGAGGUGCUUAUCCUUUGCAACUCAACCCAAAGGCUGGAGCUCAGAACUUUUGAAAAGCUGGC